CAUAUGGUUUUUCGUCAUAUCUGGUCGGCGACAUGUGCUGACGAAUUGGUGUUUCCAGCUCCCGCAUGCCGAGGAAGAAUGCAAGAAGUGUGGUGCACGAGACGCCGUCUACUUUCAGUCGCAACAGCGAACCGCUGAAACUGGAAUGGCCCUCUUCUAUGUCUGCUGCGAAUGCCAAAACGUCUGGUCGACUCUUGACGCUAAGAAGUAGAGUGGUACGAAUUCAGCUUCCUCUUACCACCGCACCCAACUUUCUGACUUCUUCUAGGCUUAGUAUCAGGAUCGGAACAAAUGAAGGCUUGGAUGAUGAGAGACAUGACGCCAUCCACAUCCAUAUCAACGACAGUACAAUCUCGUCCUGUUUUUCAGGAGAAUAUCUUGAACGACGCACCAGCAAGAACCCCAACCUUGCACAUUGGCAGAGAAGGAUUCUCAUCGCCCCCGAGUGUCGCGAAGACAUCCAGAUUUCCCCGACAGAGCGCGUAUGUCUCGAGUGUCCUUUUGCGCCCCCCACCACAGAAGCGUCGCAAGCAGCAGCAGCAGCAGCAGCAUCAGCAGGAGAAGGAGGACUCUGUCGUUCCAGAGCAGAGAGACAACGAUGAACAGUACGGUCUCGGUAUUUUCUGACCGGUGCUACUUGGGCCGCACAAAUUGGCUUCGCAUCAGCUAGCCAUGAAUGCUUCAGAAUAGUGAGAGACAGGGUGCAGCACAGACACGAAAUCAGAACUUCGUC